AACCUCAUGUACCAAAGCAUAGCCGGAGAAGUUUCUGGAAUCCAGAAGAACGAGGUUGCAAAUAUAAAGAACGAAUCCACGAUCGAGAAUCAUACGAUCACACAAUUCACAACAUUUUUUCUUCUCAUCCGAAACCUUGCGAAGCAGAUAAGGUGAAUCAACAAUCACCACCAUGAGGGGGAGAAGCUACAGUUACAGUCCCUCACCUCCAAGGCGUUACGGCGGCCGAAGAAGGCGCAGUCCUAGCCCUAAGGGCCGCUACCGUGGAAGGGAAAGGGAUUUGCCUACUAGUCUUCUGGUUCGGAACCUGCACAGAGAUACCAGGACAGAAGAUCUGCAUGGUCCCUUUAGCCACUUUGGUCCUAUCAAAGAUGUUUAUCUGCCUCGCGAUUAUUAUACUGGGAAUCCAAGAGGUUUUGGGUUUGUUCAAUAUGUGGAUCCCGCUGAUGCUGCAGAUGCAAAAUAUCACAUGGACGGUCAAAUUCUUCUUGGUCGUGAGUUAACUGUGGUGUUUGCCGAAGAAAACAGAAAGAAGCCUGCAGAAAUGAGGGCAAGAGAGCGUCAUAGUGCUAGGGAGCGGUCAUAUGAUUAUAGGCGAUCUCCGCGUGGGUAUUCUCGUUCCCCGCGUUAUGCACGGACCUAUUCACGUAGUCCAGACUAUACACCUUCUCCGAGAAGGCGGCGAUAUUCAAGGUCAAUCUCACCAAGAGAUAGAAGGUAUGGUAGGCGAUCAUACUCUGGUUCACCUUAUGGAUCUAGAAGCCGCAGCCGAAGUAGGAGUUACAGCAGAAGGAGCUAUAGUAGAAGCAUGAGUAGGAGUCCAGGCUACUCUCGGUGAACAACUUGACAAACUUGGUAAAUGUGGUGGAAGAUGUUGUAAUUUUCAUAUGUUUCUGUUGAGGCUUGUGUGUUCAAUGCUUCAGAUCCACAGUAGUUAGUUAAUCUGGUAGUCUGGAUUUGUAUUUGUCAUGGUUGUCUUUCAUUUUUAUGAUCUGGUGUUAACUUCUAUUCGUGCUCUAUUUUCAGUGCGGUUUUUGUUGAACUGCUUCUUGGACAAAGUUUUUUAUGUGUAUGCGUUAUGGAAUUUCAUGGAUGUGUUUAUUCGGGGAUUGGAUUUGGCACCCCACUCAUUAGAAAUCUAUUUUCCCACUUAAAAGUGAAAUGUUACUUUGUAUUUUGCACUGCCA